UCCGUCCCUUGCUUCCUCUCCUCCGUCCUGCAUGGAGAGGGGAAAGGGCCAAGGAUCCUCUUGGAAGGCGGAGGUCCCCAGCCUCCUAUGAGCAGCAGCCAUGCCCGACGCAGCCCCCGCGCUCUGGACCAGCUCCCGCGGGUCGCCGAGUCCAGCUCAGACAGGCCCAGAUCGGCGGGGGUGGGGGCUCAGCCCGAGCGCGUGACCUUGGUGGGGGGAGACACGGAGUGCGAGCUCGGGGCGUGCCAGGGCUUGGUGGGCGUGUCCUGUUAUGGGGGAGCUCCUGGAGGGGCUGCCCUGCAGCGGGCCUGUCCUGUGAUGGGCCUGUUCUGCAGUGGGCGGGCCCCAUAAAGCCUCAGGCCGGCUCCUCCCAGCUCCGCUGUUCCCAGAACAUGUGCCGGGGGCUCCGGCGGCUGCUGCUGCCGCUCCUGCCGCUACCGCAGGUGACGCUGAGCUUCGCGGACGGCAGCUGCGACCCCUCAGACCAGUGCCCUCCCCAGGCCCGCUGGAGCAGCCUGUGGCACGUGGGGCUGGUCCUGCUCGCAGUCCUCCUGCUGCUGCUGUGUGGGGUCACAGCCAGCUGUGUCCGGUUCUGCUGCCUCCGGAAGCAGGCGCAGGCCCAGCCACGUUUGCUGCCAACCCAGCAGCCCUGUGACCUGACAGUUAUACCUGUGGACAGUGACAGCCCUGUGCACAGCACUGUGACCUCCUACAGCUCGGUGCAGUACCCACUGGGCAUGCAGCUGCUCCUGCCUUUGGGGGAACUGGACCCUGACUCCAUGGCCCCUCCCACCUACAGCCUAUAUGCCUCUGAGCUUCCGCCCUCCUAUGAUGAGGCUGUCAAGAUGGCCAAACCCAGAGAGGAAGAGCUGAUGCCUCCCCAGAAACCCAGCCCACUCGCUGCGGCCUUAGGCCUCGAGACUGCUCCAGGGCCCCAGGAGCCAGACCAAGAUACCCAGCACUCCCACUAUAGCACUGGUGCCCCUUCAAGGGGGCAGGGGAACCCCCUGAAGCCAUCAGACCAGAGUUUGGGGUAUGGGGCACUUGGAGCCAAGGGCCCCCAGUUGUCCCAUCGUCCUCCUCAGGAAGACCUGCCACCUGGCACUUUGCUGCAGCACCUGCCCCAGCCCCAACAGGCCCUAAGUCUGGAGGAGGGCCCCAUGGCCUGAGCCUCAGGAGCUAAAGGGCAGCUGUGACAGCUACAUCUUUUUAGAGAGAAAAUAAAGUUUGUAUUUAAGUGGGCUCCACCUGUGAGGUUAGGGCUCUGGGGCCCUCAGGCAGCCCAUCCCCUGUGUAAGCAGGCAGGAUAGCACGUGG